UUUGUUUGCGUUUGAGGCCGAAAGGAAGCAAACGCCGGUGUCUGUCUUGGAAUUCGCUGUUUUUGCGCCGAAAAAAUGUCCCAGGAGUUUUAUUUGCGGUACUACGUGGGCCACAAGGGCAAAUUCGGCCACGAGUUCCUCGAGUUCGAAUUCCGGCCCGACGGAAAACUGCGAUACGCCAACAACUCCAACUACAAGAACGACACGAUGAUCCGCAAGGAAGCGUACGUCCAUCAGACGGUCAUGGACGAGCUCAAACGCAUCAUCGUCGACUCGGAAAUCAUGCAGGAAGAUGAUUCUCUGUGGCCACAGCCGGACAGGGUUGGUCGUCAGGAGCUGGAAAUCGUGGUCGGCGACGAGCACAUCUCCUUCACAACCUCCAAGACCGGCAGCUUGGUCGACGUCAACCAGAGCAAGGACCCUGAAGGUCUGCGCUGUUUCUACUACCUGGUGCAGGACCUCAAGUGUCUCGUUUUCUCCCUCAUCGGCCUCCACUUCAAGAUCAAGCCCAUCUAAGCAACUUUUUGCUUUUUUUUAAUUAAGUGCGCGAGGGCCAAAACCAAAACUGAUUUAAAUUUCACAAGCAGUGUGUGUUUGGACGGUUCAAGAAUUAAUUGUAAUUUAAAUAAACUCAAACGUCACGUUGAAUCUUA